AGAAAUUCAAGUUACAAAUACUAAGUUACAUUGACUACUAGGAUAAAUACCAGUGAUAACAUUAACAAUCUUGAUAAAUGCUCAGAGAGAUGGAUUGAUUUUAAAACAUACAAUUUGAUCAUCCAUUUAUUGUUUGAGCCCCUACAAGAGGCUGAGCAUGGAGGUAUUAAGCCCAGAAUGUUGCAGUGUAUCAUGCUCAGAAUCUGAUGGAGAAGUAUCAGACCAGGAGAUGCACUAUGUCAGUCUAAAGACUCAAGCUUUGAUGAAACAACAGAAGAAAGCUGCUAAGAAAAAGAGGGACAGUGACAAUGAAAGUAGUUCCAGUGAUAGUGAGAGUGAUUCAUCCUCAUCUAGUGACAGUGAAUCGGCCAGUGAUUCAGAUUCUUCCUCCUCAGGAAGUAGUUCCAGCUCGAGUUCAAACUCAAGUAGCAGCAGUAGUGACUCAGAUUCUGAUCACGGUGUAUCCAAAAGGAAACGUUUAAAGAAAACAUAAUAUUUGAUAUACUAAGCUGUAUUCUCCAUAUAUAUAUAACAUAUAAAUUCCAAAUUCCAAACAUUACACAACCAUAGCAACAAAAUCUGAAGAGCAAACAUUAGAAAUAUGAAGAGAGGACAAGGAGGAUUGGCUCCCAGAAUUGAAGUCAAUAUUUUCCACAAAUGAAAACGCCUAAAUGUCGUUAUUUUCUGAAAUUAUAA